AUGCUAGGCUCUCGCGUCCUUAUCGGCUUCUGUCUAGCCCUCCUGUCCCAGGCAGAAGUUACCAAAAACUAUGACAGACGUCUCAAGACCGCCAUCACUCUUGAUCACCCAACUACAGGCGCAAGCAUCUCCCCCGAUGGCCGAACUUUCCUGAAAAUUGCUCAUGUCGAUGGCACGACAGGUUCACAAAUUGUAGAAGUCAUCGGCAGCAACCAUACGCUCGUUCCCUACCCCGACGAGGAAUGGAACUCGUGGAAUGCCAGCAAGGACACGCCAACCGAUUCAGAGAAUAAAUUCGCCUCAACCAAUGCACAGCGUAUCGGUCCCGAUGGAAAACUCUGGGUCGUCGACAGCGGGAAUCUUCAAAUGUUCCCCAAUUCCUCCAAGCUUAUCUCCUUCGACCUGGAGACAAACAAGGUGGAUCGCAUCUAUUAUCUUGGCAAUGUUACCACCACCGACGGGGCACUGAAUGACGUACGCUUCAAUGGCAAAUACGCCUAUUUGACAGAGUACGCCAUCGGCUCUAUUAUUGUCCUGGAUCUGGAGACCGGUCACGCACGAAUGGUGUUGCGCGGCCAUCAUUCUGUUGUUGCGUCUAUGCCGCUGUCAGCUGAGGGCCAAUUACUCCGCAGUUCCUCCACGGGACAGUUUCAGUAUAUCCAUGCUGAUCAGCUCGAGGUCUCGCCUGGUGGUGAGUACUUGCAUUACCAGCCAGGCAGUGGAUACAUGUCACGCAUCGAGACGAGAUAUCUCAACGAGGCACUUCACAAUAAUACAAUGGCGGAAUUACUACCAUCCUAUGUCGAGCCCUUUUCCCUAACGCCUAGUACCGGGGGCACGGCUAUUGAUUCCGAGGGCAACAUUUACUACAGCGAUGGCGAUCGUCAGGAGAUUCGGGUUCUGGCACCGAAUGGGACCACCACGUUGUUGGUUCGAGAUCGGAGACUUUUGUGGAUCGACGCUUUGUGGCUGGAUACACAGCGGCGUUUGUGGAUGUGCGCAUCGCAGUUGAAUCGUGGUGACCUCUUUUUGCAAUCGGGUAAUCAGACCAAUACUCUCAAGAAGCCUAUUUACGUCUAUACCAUCGAUGUCGGUCACAGCCCACCUGCUUUAGAUCAUGCUUGA